AUGGAAGAAACCAUUGAAGAAACCAUAGUCUGUGCUCCCACUUCGGAUGUGCAGGCGAGUGAGAGUUCCUGUAAAAGGAGGAGGAAAUCAACUUCUAUCCCUAGGUCAGUCUCUACCUACGGAGACGAUAGACAUGGCAGAUGUGUGCCGAGGCCAAGACGCGAAAAUGCCAUAAAAGACGACAAAUAUUCUCAUCAGAAAAUGAGAAUAGAGCAUGCUCAAGACAGGAAACCGUCAGCCCUGCGUCAGUCUUCGCGGCUCUCUCAAAAAACAGAGGAUCGAGAAUGUCUCCCUGAGUGUUCGCCUGGCAUCGUUUCAGGGGAUAUCUCUGGAAGGAUCCAGUGUGAUAGCACCGGCGAUCGUGCAGGUGCAGCAGAUGAUGAGAUUGUUUCCAUUAGGGACUCACCUCACAACCCGUCAGACAGGUCCGAAGCUACGGUUGAAGUUCUAGCACUUGAAUCUCAACAGAGGGACGACAUGCCCCAUAUGAGAAUCAUUCCUCGCCUUCAAGAAGCAGAAGAAGAUCGCCUAAAAUGCGACCAAAGUUCGACUUCUCCGACAUAUCAUAACGAACACACUCCGAAAACCGCGAACAGCAACACGGGAAACAUACCUGCACAAUCACCCGACAGGCUCGAUACAAGAGCGGUGUCCAAGAAGACUGUGGUAAUCUUGGAUGAUAUUUCUGAGCUUAAGAUUCCUAAUGCAUCUCUAUCAGUCAGGGAAAAGUAUCCCAAAGCUUCCGAGUCCAAGAACGAAAUGAUAAAGAAAGAUGCGAUCUCAUCAUCGACUACAGCAAAAGCGACCUCACUACCCGGGAUCAAUUCUUUUCUGCCAGACGCAUUCACCGGUCAGGAAAGGAAAUAUGAUAUCCAGGCCCGUCCCUCCGGUAUCAGUCUUAGAGAGCUCCACGAGCGAUCGCUUCAACCCUGGUUUACUUACGGAACAGCGAGAUGGAAGGAGAUGGAAGCACAGAUGCUGUCGGUCACAAAGGAUGUUGCUCAAUUACAUACAACAGCAGAGUGUUAUUAUCUCUGA